UUAAAGUGUGCGAAGCAGGUGCCUCGAGUGGAGUAACAACUUUGCGCGCGUGUCCGGGCUCAGCGCGGCACCCAUUCAUUGCUUCUGACCAUCCAUCCGUCCCUUCGGUCAUCCAGCGGGGAGGGGCUCCAGCCACCCGGGGGCAGCCGCUACCCAGGGGACCGCGACCAGAAGAGGAGCCGAAAGCGUAGCUGACCCUCGCCGGCACCACCAUGCAGACGUGCGCCAGGGCCUGGGGACUGCGUCUGGGUUGCAGAGUCGGGGGCGGCCGCCGCCUGGCUGGAGGCGCGGGGCCUCGUUGGGCGCCGUGCGGCCGUGACAGCAGUAGCGGCGGCGGGGAUAGCGGCGGGGCUGGGGCCUCGCGCCUCCUCGAGCGCCUCCUGCCCAGACACGACGACUUUGCUAGGAGGCAUAUCGGCCCCGGGGACAAAGACCAGAGGGAGAUGCUACAGGCCCUGGGGCUGGCGAGCAUUGAUGAACUGAUCGAGAAGACCGUCCCCGCCAGCAUCCGCUUGAAAAGACCCUUGAAAAUGGAUGACCCAGUCUGUGAAAAUGAAAUCCUUGCAUCUCUGCAUGCCAUUUCCAGCAAGAACCAGAUCUGGAGAUCAUAUAUUGGCAUGGGCUAUUAUAACUGCUCAGUGCCACAGACAAUUUUGCGGAACUUACUGGAGAACUCAGGAUGGAUCACCCAGUAUACUCCGUACCAGCCAGAGGUAUCUCAGGGGAGACUGGAGAGUUUACUCAAUUACCAGACCAUGGUGUGUGACAUCACAGGCAUGGACAUGGCUAAUGCAUCCCUGCUGGAUGAGGCCACCGCGGCUGCAGAGGCAAUGCAGCUCUGCCACAGACACAACAAGAGGAGGAAGUUUUUUGUUGACCCUCGUUGCCACUCACAGACAAUAGCUGUCGUCCAGACUCGAGCCAAGUAUGCCGGAGUCCUCAUUGAGCUGAAGUUACCCCAUGAAAUGGACUUCAGUGGAAAAGAUGUCAGUGGAGCGCUGUUCCAGUACCCAGACACCGAGGGGAAGGUGGAAGACUUCACGGAGCUCGUGGAGAGAGCCCAUCAGGCUGGGGGCUUGGCCUGCUGUGCUACUGACCUUCUAGCUCUGUGUAUCCUGAGGCCUCCCGGAGAAUUUGGGGUGGACGUUGCCCUGGGCAGCUCACAGAGAUUUGGGGUGCCUCUGGGCUAUGGCGGACCACAUGCAGCCUUUUUUGCUGUCAGAGAAAGUUUGGUGAGGAUGAUGCCUGGAAGAAUGGUGGGGGUAACAAGAGAUGCCAGUGGAAAAGAAGUGUAUCGUCUUGCUCUUCAAACCAGGGAGCAACACAUCCGGAGAGACAAGGCUACCAGCAACAUCUGUACAGCUCAGGCUCUCUUGGCGAAUAUGGCUGCAAUGUUUGCAAUCUACCAUGGGUCCCACGGGCUGGAACAUAUUGCUAGGAGGGUACAUAAUGCCACUUUGAUUUUGUCUGAAGGUCUCAAGAGAGCAGGACACCAACUCCAGCAUGACUUGUUCUUUGACACUUUGAAGAUUCAGUGUGGCUGCUCAGUGAAGGAGGUCUUGGGCAGGGCUGCUCAGCGGCAAAUAAAUAUUCGGCUGUUUGAGGAUCACACACUUGGUAUUUCUCUUGAUGAAACAGUCAAUGAAAAAGAUCUGGAUGACUUGUUGUGGAUCUUCGGCUGUGAGUCAUCUGCAGAGCUGGUUGCUGAAAGCAUGGGUGAGGAACAGAGAGGUAUUCUAGGGACUGCCUUCAAGAGAACUAGUCCAUUCCUCACACAUCAGGUGUUCAACAGCUAUCACUCAGAAACAAAUAUUGUCCGAUAUAUGAAGAGAUUGGAAAACAAAGACAUUUCCCUUGUUCAUAGCAUGAUUCCGCUGGGGUCCUGUACCAUGAAGCUCAACAGUUCAUCUGAACUCACACCUAUCACAUGGAAAGAAUUUGCAAACAUACACCCCUUUGUGCCUCUGGACCAAGCUCAAGGGUACCAGCAGCUUUUUCGAGAACUUGAGAAGGAUUUGUGUGAACUCACGGGCUAUGACCGAAUCUCUUUCCAGCCUAACAGCGGAGCCCAGGGGGAAUACGCUGGGCUGGCCACUAUCCGAGCCUACUUAGACGGGAAAGGAGAGAGACACAGAACAGUUUGCCUCAUUCCAAAAUCCGCACAUGGAACCAAUCCUGCAAGUGCACACAUGGCAGGCAUGAAGAUUCAGCCUGUGGAGGUGGAUAAAUACGGGAAUAUCGAUGCAGCUCACCUCAAGGCUAUGGUAGAUAAACACAAGGAGAACCUGGCAGCAAUCAUGAUUACGUACCCAUCCACCAAUGGAGUGUUUGAAGAGAACAUCGGAGAUGUGUGUGACCUGAUCCAUCAACACGGAGGACAGGUCUACCUGGACGGAGCAAAUAUGAAUGCUCAGGUGGGAAUCUGUCGUCCUGGAGACGUUGGGUCUGAUGUCUCACACCUAAAUCUUCACAAGACCUUCUGCAUUCCCCAUGGUGGAGGUGGCCCUGGCAUGGGGCCCAUCGGAGUGAAGAAGCAUCUUGUCCCUUUUCUGCCUAAUCAUCCCAUCAUUUCGGUAAAGCCAAGCGAAGAUGCCCGGCCUUUGGGUACCGUCAGCGCGGCCCCAUGGGGCUCCAGUUCCAUCUUGCCCAUUUCGUGGGCUUAUAUUAAGAUGAUGGGAGGCAAGGGCCUUAAACAGGCCACAGAAAUUGCUAUAUUAAAUGCCAACUACAUGGCCAAGAGAUUAGAAAAACACUACAGAGUUCUUUUCCGGGGUGCAAGAGGUUAUGUGGCUCAUGAGUUUAUUUUGGAUACUAGACCCUUCAAAAAGUCUGCAAAUAUUGAGGCCGUCGAUGUGGCCAAGAGGCUUCAGGAUUAUGGAUUUCAUGCCCCUACCAUGUCCUGGCCAGUGGCAGGCACUCUCAUGAUUGAGCCCACUGAGUCGGAAGACAAGGCAGAGCUGGAUAGGUUCUGCGAUGCCAUGAUCAGCAUUCGGCAGGAAAUCGCCGACAUUGAGGAGGGCCGCAUCGACCCUAGGGUCAAUCCACUGAAGAUGUCUCCACACUCGUUGACCUGCGUCACAUCCUCCCACUGGGAUCGGCCGUAUUCCAGAGAGGUGGCAGCAUUCCCACUUCCCUUCGUGAAACCAGAAAACAAAUUCUGGCCAACCAUUGCCCGGAUUGAUGACAUCUAUGGAGAUCAGCACCUGGUUUGUACCUGCCCACCCAUGGAUGUUUACGAGUCCCCAUUUUCUGAACAGAAGAGGGCCUCUUCUUAAUCUUCUCUCCCUAAGUUCAAGUGACUGAUUUAAUGGCUUUGGCGCGCCUGAUCAAGAAAUGUUUCACUUUCCACCACAGACUCAAGUAGGGGUUUUAUAUACUGUGUAUAUUUUUGUAAUCUCUCUCAAGGUAAAUGUAAAUACAAUUAGCAUAGUGAGUGGAAGCUCAUUGUUGGAAGAUUGAUUUGCUUUGGUGCCUCUGCUUUCACAUGUAGCAGUUGAUGUUCAGGUUGCCUUGAUUGGGACCACUUAGUUUUUUGCAUAGAAAAUUUGGGGUGUGCUAGUAACUUUAACUCCAAUGUAGCAAGUUUGCAGUAUAGAGACUAUACUGAAGAUCCGAUAGACAUAUUUUUAUUCCAAAUAAAUAAGUCCUUGUGGACUGUGCCAUCUGUGGGAAAUCCCAGGGCAAAUGUUUACAUUUUGUAUACACUGAAGAAAUCUUUUUCCUCCUCCUAAUUUGCCUAAUCUGUAAUAGUAUUUCUGAGUGUUCUCCUUUUUCCAUGUGUGUAGUUUUUUAAAAAUCUGCAAUUAAUAAUAUUCUAAUAAAAGCAUUGCAAUUUGAAGAAUGCCUUCUUGGUCCACUUUCCAAUGUUAACUCCCAUGUACCCUAGUUUCAGAGGAGUUUGAAGGGUAAUGAGAAUACCCAACCCAGUAGAACCGUUACAUUAUUAGUUGUGUCUUUGGCUAAAGAAACAGUUUGUAUGUCUCAGUCAGCAGUGAAUGCCACUUUAGCCCUUUCUGCUAGAAUUGUGUUUGGCUGCAUAUAACUGAAAAACAACCACAGCAUUUUAAUUAAACAGCAGCUCAUUUUUUCUCAUUUAACAGUAAGUCCAGAGAUAAGAAGCCGAGGGGUAGUCUUCAGUUUUCCUGUUCUGCCUCCUUUGCAUACAGUCUUCAUC